AUGUCGGCUGGGUUUGAUUCGGCUGUGAUUUUGUCUCUGAUUAACAACAUCUCUUGUCCGAUUUCAUCAUCUUCUUGUUUCAAAUCUUCUGUUCUGGCUGCUGCUUUCUCAAACGCUCUUCACUUCUGCUCUAAGCAGAGGCUUGUUCUCCAGUUUCCGUCUCUUUCCAUGCGCUUAAGACCCAAAAGGACUUGUUCUGGUGUUGAAGUAUUUGGGGGUUUUCACAUAAAGCAGCAAAAAUUCUCUUUCUUCAUAGUUCGCUGA